CCCAUGGGAUGUGUGGACCACGCUGACUCAGCACCCUGGCUUCCAGAGCUGACAUGAACAUGUGGGAGAUGGUCCUGACCAUAUCCGAGACUUCAGAGGCCCUACGGGAGCUGCUGGGGGUGCUUCAGGACACCCGGGACACCUCCAUCCCCAACUUCGUUCCCAUGGCCUCCGGUGCUGGUGGUUCUGAGGGUGCUGAGGACCCCCAGAGCCUGAUGACAGCGUCUGUGCUGCUGGAAAGCCUCUUUCAGCUGUCGGAGAAACCUGGCUUGGGAUGCAGCCGGCUCCGGGAGCUCUCCAUCCGCCUGCUCCAGCUCCUGCUGGAGUUGGUGUUUGGAUGGGACAGGUGGAGGAUGCGGAGAAAAACCUGGGAUCUGCUGCUCCCGCUCUUCUUCCGCAUGAGCGACCAAAGCCGCAGCGUGGCUGAGGCUUCCCGGGAAGCUCUCCUUGCUGCGGCAAUGCUCCUGGGAUGGGAAGAGCUCCGGUGCCUAUUGGAGACAAGGCAGACGUGGAGGGUUGCAGGGUGCUUGCUGGAGCGGAGCAGGAAGAGGGCUCAAAGAUACCUGCACCAGAGCCUGCAGUACCUGCAGGAUGCGCAGGUCCCCCUGCAAGAGGCAGCCGUCAGGUUCAUUGCUCUGGAAGCGCUGCUGGAUGAGGGUGAUCCCAGCCUCUGUUCCCUGACGGCUCAGACCCUGCUCAUCCUCGGGACCCCACCAGCGCAGCGGAGCCUGGGAUCCCGCCUGCGGGCGCUCUGCUGCUGGGAAUGCUGCAGUUUUCCUUAG